AUGAGCUUGCUGCACAGCGAGGGCGGCUGCGGGGCCCGCGAGGCGGAGAGCGGCUGCUGCGCCGCCAUGGCCAGCGCCUGCAGCGCCGCCGGCAAGGAGGAGAGCGGCGGCGGCAGCAGCGCCGGCAGCGCGCCCGCCUCCUUCUCCGACGAGACGCAGGGCUACGACGUGGAGUUCGACCCGCCCCUGGAAAGCAAAUACGAGUGCCCCAUCUGCUUGAUGGCUCUGCGGGAAGCGGUGCAGACGCCGUGCGGCCACCGUUUCUGCAAAGCGUGCAUUGUCAAAUCCAUAAGAGAUGCAGGUCACAAAUGUCCUGUAGACAAUGAAAUUCUGCUUGAAAAUCAACUUUUUCCUGACAACUUUGCCAAACGGGAAAUCCUUUCAUUAACGGUCAAAUGUCCCAACAAGGGCUGCAGCAUGAAGAUGGAGCUCAGGCACUUAGAGGACCACCAGCUGCAAUGUGAUUUUUCCACUGUGGAAUGCCUACAGUGCCAAGGAACCUUCCCAAAGAACCGACUGAAGGAGCACAUGACCCAAGAGUGUCCGAGGCGUCAAGUGUGUUGCCCAAACUGUGCCACGUCCAUGGCCUAUGAAGAUAAAGAGCUUCAUGACCAAACCUGUCCACUUGCCAAUAUAUAUUGUGAAUAUUGCAACACAGUGCUCAUCAGGGAGCAGAUGCCUAACCAUUAUAACAAUGAUUGUCCUACUGCCCCAGUGCCAUGUUUUUACAGUGCCUUUGGGUGUCCUGAAAAGAUGCAAAGGAAUGAACUGGCACGGCAUAUGCAGGAGUUCACUCAGGUUCACAUGAGGAUGAUGGCUCAGAGCUUUCAGAAUAUCAGUGUUACUGCUGCAAAUCCUGUGCCCUUCAUCAAUGGCCUACCCUUUGAGCCCCUCUUCUCACACAUGUCACAUGCUGCAUACAACUGCAAUCCAGAAGUUGAAAACUUCAAGGAAACUAUUCAGCAGUUGGAAGGUCGUCUGGUGAGACAAGAUCACCAAAUCAGGGAACUCAUUGCUAAAAUGGAGACUCAGAACACUCACGUGGCAGAACUCAAACGCACUAUACGAAAUUUGGAGGGAAAGAUUACUGAAAUGGAGGCACAACAAUGUAAUGGUAUUUAUAUCUGGAAGAUUGAGAACUUCAGUGAACAUCAGAAAGCCCAGGAAGAAGAGAGACCUGUAGUGCUGCACAGUCCUGGCUUCUAUACAGGGAAGCCUGGCUACAAGCUGUGCUUGCGCCUGCAUAUCCAGUUACCGACUGCUCAGCGCUGUGCUAAUUAUAUCUCUCUGUUUGUGCACACUAUGCAAGGGGAAUAUGACAGCCACCUGCCCUGGCCUUUCCAAGGCACCAUCCGACUUUCUAUUUUGGAUCAAUCAGAAGGCCCAGAAAGGCAGAACCACGAAGAGGUGAUGGAAACCAAGCCAGAGCUACUGGCCUUCCAGAGACCAACAAUCCACCGCAAUCCCAAAGGUUUUGGUUACGUGACUUUCAUGCACCUGGAGACCUUGAAGCAGAGAAGCUUCAUCAAGGACGACACGGUGCUGGUGCGCUGCGAGGUGCUCACGCGCCUGGACUUGAGCAGUGUCCGCAGGGAAGGCUUCCAGCCCCGCACCACUGACGGGGCCAUGUAGCCUGCAAAGCUUAACCACAGCAACGGAGCCUCGCUCGUGUUUAUCCACGUGGAUCACCAAAGAGCUUCAGUGUCCACAAAGGCUGGGUUUGUACAAGAUCAUAGUUGCCAGUGGAACUUUGUUGUUGCUGGUGUAUUUUUCUCUAUAUGGGUUCAUACGUUUAAAUAUUUGGUAAGGUUCUCUCUUAAAAUAAUAAGCUACUUUUGUAGCAAGCUAAAUAAAUGAAGUGUUAAUCAAAACUUAACUGCCCACAGGAAAAUCCUAUUGCAGAACCUGUGCAUCUCAGCUUGGUAAAACUUUAGUCAUAUCGAAUAGGCCUGUAAGUCUUUUCACCUCAGUGCCUUGGAAUAGAUGCUGUUGCAAGGAAGGAACAAAAUUAUUAAAGAUGAGGGAUUUUUCCUUUUUUUUUUUUUUUGUUUUUUGUUUUGUUUUGUUUCGUUUCACAGAGCUUGGGAAAGUUGAGCGAGUUUCUAUAUUGACUUAUCUAGAAUUUUGAAUUGGUUAUGUGUCUCCUGAAGUUUGAAGUUAGGGUUAAGACUUUGUUCAUGUCACCAAGGGUUCAGGGAUGCUUUGACCCUUUCCUCCUUCAGGAAGUUGCAUGUUGAUGCAGAGUUGAUGUUGGUAUUUCCAAAAGAUACGAGGUAGUGUUGUGGAGAAGGCUAAAUGACUCUGAGCUGAGUUCACUGAAGAAAUAUUUGUAAUGUGGUCUGAAGGUGCCUCCCUAAUUCUCUUUAUUUUGAUAAAUCUUUCUAGAAGUGUUUGCUCUAGACCCAGAAUGUCAACCACAAUCAUCAAGAGAUAUGAAAGUUUAGCAUUUGAAUGAAAUCCCUUUGUGCUGGUGGAAUCUCCUAGUGCUGCACAUGUUUCAAGUUGUGAGUGCACACAUGAGCAAAGGGAUGAACAGAGAGGGUGAUGCAGAAUUUGUUUCACUGUUGAAACCUGAAUUUGUACCAAAGCUGAACUUGGGACUUGCAUUUCUUCAAGUGAUCUCUUGGUGUUGUGGGUAAUGUACCCAAGUCUUCAUGUACCCAAUGUGAAUUCUCUGUGGGCAGCUUGCCAUAUCAGCAUCCAACUGCUGUGGGUAUCUCCUGUCCCUUUAGACAAUAGGAGCUGGGCCAACUCAGCAAUUGGGAUGGUAAGGAAAGCCUGUUAAUUCAGCAGUGUGAGGAAAAAUUAUAAUCCUCUUUGCUUUUAGGAAGAAAAUCUGGCUUUCAUAGUUACUUAUUUAUCAAACACUAGAUUCACUGUCAAAGAGGUUCCUAAUGCUGUGUGUAUUAUUGUUUUCUGUGCUGAUUAUAUGCCAUGUAAAUGUUAGUUUUGACCAGUCAAAGCUGAGUAGUUCAAGUUCACUGGUGCUAAAAAUUUUAACUUUCAUGGUGCUGAUAAAGUCCUGAAUCUUGUCUUUAAAAGGAGGGAAGAAAAAAGUUUUGUUUAGCCCAUAACCUAAGUACAUAUCUAGAUACUGAAGAAAGAACUAAAGAUGCAUGAGCUUAUGUCUAUUAUUUAUCCAAGCUAGUGGAACAACCUAAAGGCUGGAGACAUUGCAGCUUAAGAGAGACUGAAAAGUGUUCCAACUAUUUGGCAUCAUCAAAGCAAUACCAGUGGGGAAAGGGUGCAUUGCUUAAUAUAAAAGACUAAAGAAAGACUACUAUACUUUAGUGGUUUGGGAGGAUACUCUGCCUGCCUGCAUGAGAGGUAAAAGUUCCAGGACCCAACCUACCACUUUGUUCAUCAAAUCCAGAUGAGUAAAAUUUCUUCUGCUAGUAGAACCUAUUAGAUGGAAGAGGGAUUGUGUUCAAUGGAGUAUUGUCACUACUGAAACAUGAACUUCCUGGCUAAUGGUAAUUGCAGUUAGUUGUUGGUGACUUUAGUUGAUUCUCUAUCAUUAGGGGACAGGUAAGCAUAUGUUACUCAAAAUAGGGAAAGAGCUCAGGUUUCAAACCAAAGUAGAUUUUAUUAUGAAUAGCCUCAUCCUAUCAGCUGAAUUGUUCUGGAGUGUCUUCAGUUGGAGCACUCCCAGUAAAGCCAUUCUUAACCAAGAGCUGUCAAUGUCCAUGGCAGUGCACAGAGGUGCUCUGCACAGAAGGCACUGUACACAGGUUCUCCAUUUUCAGGCUGUGCUACCUAUCUGUGUUUUUUCAAGAUGCUCUAAAGCUGCCAUUCUCUUUUGUUUCUCUUCUUGUUUUUGGGGGGGCAGGAGGGAAGGGAGGGGGAGGCAGAAAAAACACUCGUACUUUGAGAGCUUCUUCCUACUCCAGGUCCUUCCUCUACCCUAGAAAUAAGAAAAAUGUCCUUAUUCUCUGUUCAAAUCAUUUAUACCCAAGGCCCACUAAAUGCAUUAACACUUUCUUUGCUUUUGAAGAUUUGAGUUUUGAAUGAAUUUUUGCUUCGAGCCUUAUCUGCUAGAUCUGAUGUACUUCUGCCUCUGAGGAGGAAACUCCCUGUGGUGGCAGGAUUUAAAUUCAGGUUAAAGUUGUACAAUAGCAUAAGCCAAUAGGGAAUAGAAGGCUACUGCAUGUAUAAUUCUGUACUGGCCACAGUAAUAUGGAUUCUUUAUUGACUGCUGCUAUUCUAUUGGUUUUGUAUUUUUAUACUACCAACUAGAACUCUGAGUGAUGACAAAUUACUGUAAUAUCAGAGUAUUACAUGGGAGACUGUAAGAGAUAAUUUUCUAAGUAUCAGUUAAAUUUUACUGUCAUAAAAAAGAUUAUAAAUGUUUAUGAAAUAUUUAUUCAUAUACUUGUUCCAUUCUCCUCUUUCCCUUUUCUUCAAAUCUUCUUUUGAGAACUUGUUUUUCCAUGGUGGACUGAGGUGUAAUUGCUAGAACUAUUUAAAUGGAAGGAGAAAGGUCUGCAGCAUUGAGUUGUCUCUCAAUCAAAGAAAUAUUUGAUGAACCCAUGUCCUGUGUAAUUUGUUCAGCAGUGGGGUUUCAUUCUGUAAAUCAAUGCUUUGCAGCAUUACUAGAUCUCAAGGUGGUUUAAAAAGUGGCUUAGCUUCUUUUAUCUUCCAGAUUUCUGUUGUCUUUAACAUGGUUUAAGUCACCAACUCUUAGUACGUGUAUUUGCAAAGCUGCUAUGGCACAAAUUUUCCAAUUAUAAUAUAUUAUGAACGUGUUAUCUCUUUGCCUCUGAAUGUCUUCCCCUGCAGGGCAGGGAAAAAUAUUUUGUUAGAAAUGUUGGUCUGUAAUGUAUAUGUGGGAGCUCAGAUAAUGUGAGAUGUAUAGAGUUGUUUUUUAAGCAGUCUUACGAUGUGUAGGGUCAUGUUUGCUAUCAAGGGAUUAAACUCGUUAAUGAAAUCAAAUCAGGGCGACCUUUCUGUUGUUGUUUAGAGAUGGCAGCAGAUCAGAUACAUUGAUGAGGGAUACAAAAGAUUAUUCUGUGUCAAUGUUAAAGGUUUGUAUUGGUUUGCAUUUGAACAAAAUGAAAGUACUCCUGUUCCCCUGGAUUAAUUGAUUUAUAGUUUAAUAUAUUUUGUAAUUAAUGCACACCUUUAUUUCUGACAGAACUUUAAAAAAUAAACUAAUUAAACUGUG